AUGGACUAUACCCUUUUCAGCUAUUGAAGAAGCUCCUGCAGCUGGAGAGUAAGAAUUGUUUUAAGCAUCAAAAAUAUCCCAUAUCAAUACCACGCUAUCAACAUUCUUUCUGGAGAACAAAAGGGUGAAGAGUAUAUCGAGAAAAACCCGCUUAAGCAAGUCCCAUAUCUGCAUGGUGAAGAUAUUGGAAUAUCCCAAAGCUUAGCUAUAAUUCAAUACCUUGAAGACAUUCAUCCCACACCUUCAGUACUUCCUACUUCCCCAAUUCUUCGAGCUAAGAUGUGGGAAAUUUGCGAAAUAAUUAACUCAUGGAUCCAUCCGUUGCAAAACUCAAAAUUAACUAAUAAAAUUGAAGGGCUGGGAGGAGAUAAAAACGAAUGGGCUCUCGAAGUGGUUACAAGUGGGUUUAGAGCUGUUGAGAAUAUAUUAGAACAAGUUGCAGGAACUUAUUGUGUAGGUAAUCAGCUUACAGUUGCAGAUGCAUGCCUUGUUCCUCAGGUUUGCAAUGCAAGAAGACGCAAUGUGGACUUAACUCCUUUCCCAAAUAUUUCUAGAGUCUUUGAAACUCUAUUGGCUCUACCUGAAAUCCAAAGAGCUGCACCUGAAAAUCAGUCUGAUGCAGUUAAAUAA